UAUUUAUCUCUCUAUGCAUUAUUUUUUAUCAUUUUUAACUUACAACAAGUUUGGGUGUGCCUCUUUUUUGAUACAAAUAAAAUUUAAGCCCGCCUGUGUUGUUCUUGUCUCAUUUGGAACGGUUAACUAUAAAUUAUUGCCAAUUAGCAGAAUGAUUGAACAUGUAUUUGCACAAUUUACACAGUGUUAUUUUUAUGUUCGAACAGACAUACCUUCACAAUACGACAAUGUAUACACUACUGAAGAUCUUCUUCCACAAAAACAAAUAUUAUGUAUAUAUUUAUUUAACUAUUAUUUAACUAAUUUACCGUAUUUUCUCUAUUAG